GAGGGAGGGUGUUAGUGAGUGGUGGAGUGCAGUCAGGGUCAGUGAGAGAGUGUAGAGAGGAUGAGGGUGAUCAGGCUGAGCUCUCCAGGUGGUACGGGCAGGUUCCCUGAGGCUGUGGUGUGUGUGUGUGUAUGUGUGUGUGUGAGUGUGUGUGUUCUCCCACUAAGUUUCUGCUUCAAUGUGGACUCUCGCUUUGCUCUGCUCAAACAGUCCCCAAACCCCGGCAGCCUGUUCGGACUCUCUGUGGCACUACACCAGCAGACCAACCCAGCCAGAUACCUAUUACUCGUAGGAGCACCAAAAGAGAGGGCGGAGCCUACCAUUUCAGCCAAUGAAACAGGAGAUAUGUUUACAUGUCCUAUUAGCACCGACCCCAGAGACUGUAGAAGAUCAAACUUAAUCACCUCAGAACCUCUGGACCCUGAUGGUAUAGUGGAGGGGAUGUGGCUGGGUGUCUCUGUGGCCAGUCAGCCACAAGGUGGACGAGUUCUGGCCUGUGGUCAUCGUUACAUCCGGAAAACCGGCGACAAAAAUAUUCUACCGAUGAUUGGGAAGUGUUUUAUCCGAGGAAAUGAUCUGAACUAUGAGCCCGAUAAGGAUUACCAGUGGCAGUAUCGAUAUGAAGUUUGCGACCCUACCACAGACCUGUUGCAGGAGGGUCUGUGCAACAUGGGCAUCUCUGCAGUCAUCACCCAGAAGGAUGUCAUAGCGGGAGCACCAGGCUGCUACAACUGGCAAGGAAAUUCAUUUGUUAUUUACCGAAAUCCAAAUGACAAGUACGAUAUUCAGAAGAUCAAGUUUCCAGACUUGCAACAGGGAAACAUCUAUAUGGGUUACUCCGUGGGGAAGGACAGUGGUGUUCUGAACGAGGCUGAGGACACAGUGGUGUCCGGUGCCCCCCGGGAUGAGUCUAAGGGCUCAGUGAUUCUGGCUAAAGAGAUAAAGAAACCUGAUGGAGUGUCUGAGCUGAGGACCCAGGUCAUCCUGAGAGGACAGCAGGUCGGGUCGUAUUUUGGAAACAGCAUCGCCAUAGUGGACAUUAAUAAUGACGGAUGGAAGGAGCUGAUAGUUGGUGCUCCAUUCUACUUUGAUCGGAGGAAAGAAGAGGGAGGAGCCGUUUACCUCUUCAUGAAUGAGAAUGGCUCAUUUCAGGACAAAACUGAUCUAUUCUUCACCGGACCCAAGCAGUCGGGGUUCGGCAUGGCUGUGGCCGCUAUUGGAGACGUUAAUCAGGACGGGUUCCAGGAUUUUGCAGUUGGUGCUCCAUAUCACAGUUCUGGCAGGGUGUACAUCUGGAUGGGAAGCAAAGAUGGACUAUCAAAGAAGCCAAGUCAGGUGAUUGAGGGAAAGGACAUUACUAAUGGUGGUUUCCAGACGUUUGGCUACUCCAUCAGUGGGGGGUUAGAUGUUGAUGAUAACAAAUAUCCGGAUAUGGUUGUGGGAUCUUUGGAUGAUCGAGUGGUGCUGCUAAGAUCUCGUCCUGUGAUCCAUCUAAAAAAAUCCUUCACUGUGACUCCGCUUAUCAUUAACCCACAGAGCUGUGACUCCUGCAUUGAGGUGAAGGUGUGUUUUUCCUACACAGUCAGCACAGGAGAUUCAAACUACAAAAAGAACAUCACUGUGAAGUUUACUGUGGAGGCUGAUCUGCUCCAGCGCUCCACACGGAGCCGAGUCCAGUUCCUUAGCAACAACAUGGAUACCUACACCGGAUACCUGUCUAUGCCUUCGUCCCAAUGUCAGAACCUCCAGCUCGCUCUGAUGACCCCAAUCCGUAACAAGGUGGCGCCAUUGUCUUUUUCUCUAAACGUUUCUCUGUACGAACCUCCUCCCGUCUCUCAACAGCAGCUGCAGAAUCUGGAUGCUUACCCUGUAAUAAGCCAGGGGGAAGCACUCACAGACAGAACAGAGAUUCACUUUGAGAAACUCUGUGGUUUGGACAACAAGUGUGAGAGCAAUCUGCAGAUGAGUGCCAUGUUCGCCAACCCUCAGCAGGAGCCCUUACCAGUUCAGGGCAGUCACCAGGUGCUGCUGUAUGACUCAAAUGUUAAAAAGGUGCAUCUCCAGGUGAACGUCUCAAACUUUCUAUCUGAUGGAAGGUUAGCUGAGGACGCUUACAACACUGUGUUGAACAUCACCAUCCCACCCUUCCUGCAGUACUCUGCAGUCCGGGGGUCAGCAGUCUUGUGUGUAGCUGAGGGGAUUGUGCUGUGUGAGCUGGGGGACCCCUUCAGGAGUGAGCAGCAGAAGGAAUUUACGAUCGAGUUUGAGACAUCAGGGAUCACUCUGGACACGCAAGAAAUUGAAGUGAUCCUGCAGCUUUCCACACUUAGUAUACAGAAUGACCUGGCUCCUCUCACUAAAGUGCUGAUGGUGGAAUAUACUCUGCAGCCUUCCAUAUUUGCAAUGCCUCACAGUGUGAGGGUGGAGUUUAGUGGGGAGGUGGUGGGGGAGUCAGCGAUGAAGAGCACUGCAGACAUUGGCAGCCCAGUGGAGUUUACCUUUACAGUGACUUUGAAUGGGAGGCCUCUGGGCUCUCUGGGUUUUCUUCAGGUUGGAUUUGAAUGGCCAUAUGAGGUGGAGAAUGAGAAGUGGCUGCUGUACCUGGCAGAGAUUCAGGUCAGAUCAGGAACAUCAGUGUCUUUUUGCAGACCAGCAGAGAACAUAGUCAACCCACUUAACUUACUGGUCUCUGAGCGUAAUUCUAUUCAAAGGAGGAGGAGAAGUGAUGAAGGCUCUGCUGUUGUCUAUCCAGAAGCUCAGGCAGCUCUGAACUCACAGAGCAUGCGGCGGAGAAGAGUCCAGCUGAGUUGUAGGUCAGGAGGAGGAGCAAAGUGUCAGACCUUCAGCUGCCCACUGCUCAACAUGACCUCCACCACUGUGCUCAUGGUGCGCGCUCGGCUGUGGAACAGCACCAUGCUGGAGGAUUACAGGGAUUCAGAAACACGUAUCGAAGUCCUGGCCACACUGCAGCUGAUCACUGAUAAACCCACCAUCAGAAUGGACAACGCCUCCUCCACCUUUUAUGUGGAAGUGGUCCCCGCAGGCCAGAAGGAGAUGCUGUAUGAAGCUCCGCUGUGGAUCAUCAUUGUGUCUGUGCUGGCUGGUGUCAUCCUGCUAGGACUCAUCAUUCUCCUUCUGUGGAAGAGUGGAUUCUUCAGACGAACUGUUUAUUUCAGAGAAAUGCUGAAACACCGGGGCGUGCGAGUGUGUAAAGAGGAGCGCUACAGCCUCAGCCAGGGUUCCCUCAUUCAGAAGAACACCAAAAAACCCUGGAUCACCAACUUGACUGAGACUCAGCUAUACUACUGACCAGAUCACCGCUAGGUCCAGCUUGGGUCUAAAGGGUUUAUUAGGUCCACUUUUUUUUAGGUCUACUGUUUUCACAGUAUCCACUGUGGCCAAGGAUUCCACAGUAACCACUGGGUCUUCUGGGCCAAUUGGGUCCACAGGAUUCACUUUGUCCAUUGGGCCAAAGGGCUAAUUAAGUUGACAAGGUCAAGGCAGCUGACAUGGCAGCUGCUGGGAUUGGUGGAUGCUGUGAACUCGGUGGACACAAGAGAAUUGAUAGAUGCUGUGGAGACGGUAGACAUUGUGGACUUGAUGGAUACUUUGGAUACAGUGGGCACUGUGCUAAAGACAGUCUGGACACUGUGAACACAGUGGUAGACAUUGUGGAUGCUUUAGAUGCUGUGGAUUAUGUGGGUGCUGCACUUCCUUAUAAACUCAGCUGGCAUUUAAAAGUAGAAAUAGAAUUUUGUAACUGUUAAAUUAACAGCACUUAAUAAAAACAACAAAUAUUAAAUGGUAUAAUAUAUUGUACUGAAACUGGUUUACAUGUUGUUAUGAUUGAUGUAUGUGUAAAGUCAGUAUCAACUCCUAGCAUUAUGUGUAAAAAUGUUUUGCAGUCAUGUUGAUCUUGCUGUAAAAUAUGUUUCCGCUCUGAAUUAAACCACUGUUAGAUGUGUUUAAGUGAACUGUUUGUGAGAUGUUUUGAAAUGCUUUUUAAUGUGUCAUCUGCUGGAUUCUGAUGACCACAGCUGAACCUGGAAGGUUGGCUUCUGCGGGUUGUUUACAGUUCCGAAAGGCUUACAAAUGUUUUUCUUUGACCUCAGAAGUUUUGUAUCCCCUGUCAAAUCCUAGAGAUUAAUUCACUUCUCAGUGCUCACCUGAGUUCAGUUGGAGAAGUGUGAGUGCUGUAUGGGUUCCUCUUUUUGACGGUAGAACUUUAUUGCUGUUCGUUGAUCUGGUAAAGAUAUAUUUAGAAAUGUAAAAUAAUAAUAAUGUCAGACAGCCACACCUCUGAGAGAAUUCCUAGUCCAGGCAAUCACAGUAGAUGUAUUAUUAUUCCUUCUCCUGAUGUUGAAAAGUGGAGUUUUUGCUCUGCGUGAAGAACCCCUCUUUAUAGUGAUUUAUUUUUAUAUUGGAGAUUUUGUAAAAGAUGUUUUACACAUUUACGGUCUAAUCUGUUUUGUUGGGGUUUCUGUGCUCAGUGUUUCCAGUCUGUAUUUAAAUAAACCCAAUAACUCUUA